AAAGCGUCCCCCUGACCCCGCAGGCGUGGCUGACGGAGCGGCGGUGAGUGCGUUGCGCCGCGUUCCGAGUUAAAGACUAAAACACUACCACUUAAGGCUGCAGCAAACCGCCGUCAGUCAGCAUAACGUUAUGGAUGCGAGACCCAGCAACGCAAACAACACUAGAGAACUCUUCACCAGAAACAUGGAUGCCAGCAGCAGCAGCGAACGGUGGUCACAGCAGCUUUUGGAUGGGGGCUCUCAGUCGCAAGAUUGGUCCACGUGGCUGGGAAGCUCACAGGAGACUCAGCAACGGUGCUCUGGCAUGCCUGCUAGGCCGACGGUGAGUUGGAGUCACGCCGCUGCAGGUCGUGGGGGAGGGGUUCGAAUGCCCCCCACCCAGCCUUCACUGCAGCAGAUGCCCCUCACUACCGCCCCCCUGCCUGACCCCCGGGAUGUGACACUAGCGCGAGAUAUCAGGAUCGGCCUUCACACCAUCCUGUCAGUGAUGAGCAGCGUGCCGGAGCAGCUGAGGGAGGUGGCGGCGGAGGUGGGGAGGACGUCCUUACAGCAGCAGGAUCAGCAGCACCCACAGCACCACGAAGAGACGCGUAGGGCGAUCAGGGACACAGGCGACACCCUCCAAGCACUCCUGACGGGGCUGCAGGAGGCCGUGACGCAGCUACAGCAAGGCCAGGACCAGACGGCGACUCUGCAGAAGGAGGGGAUGAAGAAGCACGAAGAACUAAUGGAAGAAAUAAUAAAGAAAAUGGAUCAGUUAGGAUGGCGCCAGAGAGAGGAAAAGGAGAUGGAAGAGGAGAAGGAGAAGGAGGAGAAAGAGAAGGAAGAGGAGAAAAAAGAAGAGGAGGAGGAAAGGGCUAAGAGGGAGCGAAUGAGACUGGAGGAGGUGUUGGCGGAGACGAAGAAGGAGCUACGCCGUCAGGUUAGAAGACUGAAGAUGGCGGCGGCGGGAAGGACAGCCAGCGUGGAGAGAGCUGUGGAAGGGCUGCAGGAGGGUGUGUCCAAGGUGUGUGGGGGUCUGGAGGAGGUGAAGGGCCUGGUGAUGCAGCCCCCGCCUCGCCAUGACGAUACCACCAACAAAAGCAACAGCAGUAAUUCACCCAUAGCCGCCUUCCUUCGUCAGCUGCGAGCCUCUACCAGUAAAUGUUUCGAAAAGGUGGAAUCAUCAAUCAGUAGUCUCAAACAGGAAGUCUCUGGCGUGCCCUCUCACCUGUCCGAGGAGAUUAAUCAGGCGGUGCGCGAGGCCUUGCAGCAACACCCCAUCAUAAUCAACACCCUCGCUAACAACACCACCCCCAACGGCAGCAGCACCAACGCCCACAACCCCAACACGUCCAUCUCCGUGAGCCCCAUCCAACGCACCUUCUCCGCCCACCGCCCCGUGCUGCCGCUCAACGAGAACUUCGGUUUGUGCCUGUCGUCACCCGUUGCCCACGUGUCACCCAUAACGCAGGUGUCACCCACAGGAACCAUAACCACCAGCACCAUCACCACCACGGCCAACACCACCACUGCCUCCACUACUACCUCUUCCCACCAAUACCACCACCAACACCACCAGAGACAGCAAGCCUAUGGUGGCUCUGCCUCACGCCAACAACUGUCAGAACAUUCACAGCGGCCUGCAUCACCACCAUCAGCACCACUACAGCAUCCUUCAUCACAGUCUAAUCUACCCGCUCCUCCACCUCCUCCUCCCUCUAGGCAUCCAACAGGUCACAGCAAUAACAACAGCAGGCCCUCUCACCCACAGCAAAGCCUCAACUGUGCCAGGACAACACCCUCACGACAACUACUACCUAAAGCACUACCAUCGCGACAACAACAACAACACCCACAACAAUUUAACUCUAAUAGACCCCUUAACCCACAGCAUCCAAAUGUUAGACCGUCUCACCCUAAUAAUCCCAUGCCUAGACCCUCCCAUUCACAGCAGUCCAAUCCUAGACCAUCCUAUCCACAUUAUUUAGGUUCAAGGCCACCUCACCCACAGCACUCAACCUCCAGACCCACUAACCUACAGCAAGCGAGGCCAGAAGUGUCUAACUCACAGCAAUCAAGUUUCAACCCCCCUCAGCCCCAUCAGCAGACGCGACCUAGACAUCAGCCACAGCAAGUGACAAGUUCCACAGCACCUCGCUCACAGCAAGCAAAAAACACAAGUGGAAUACCUAAUGACCCACAGCGUAUUAAGCUAUUAAUGACCUCUUCACAGCACACAGUCGUCUCCAAGCCAAGGCCUCCACAGCAAGGGAAUUCCACAGUGGUUAAGAUCAAAACCCACACCACGACACAACAGCCUCCACAGCACACAGGUCCCCCACCACAGCAACAACACCAGCAUCACCAGGAACCACCUUUACAGAGCAGCACCUUCAAGCAACACCAAACACAGCAACAUCAACACCAAACUCAGCAACAGCAACUCCAAACACAGAAACAGCAACCCCAAUCACAGCAACAUCAACACCAAACUCAACAACAGCAACUCCGAACACAGAAACAGCAACCCCAAUCACAGCAACAGCAAGACCAAACACAGCAACAGCAACACAACAACAGCAAAACCCAGCCCAAACAGCACAUGAGUCUUCGGCCAAUGCCACAUCGUCUUUACCCACAGCACGCACAAGCACGCUUUCCACCUCUACGACUGACACGUGCCAAGAAGGUCCCACAACACCAAAUGCAUCAUCAUCAUAAACCUCCAUCACCACCACCACCACCGACUUCUCAUGCUGACUCUAGCACCAUACAGCACUCACAGAAUCACCACCACUCUGAUACACAGCCCUCCACUCAGCAGCAUCACAGUAACACCAGAAACACUCAGACACAGCAUGGGAUCAUUUCUAAAACAGCAGCAUCUUCAGUAUCACAGCAUUUUGCACCACCACCGAGACAACCACAACACACAGCCAACACUCGACGCACCAAACCACCACAGACGCCACAGCACCAGACAUCAAUAUCAUAA